CAUAGUAUUUGUAAUUAGACAACGAAAUAUAUAAAGAAGGCAGAGCAAUUAAAUAUUCGUAACUUUAAAACACCAACGAAAUAGUAGAAAUAGAAUAAUUUUUUAUUCUACUUCUAAAAAUGAAGUUGAUUAGCAGGAAGAGAACAAUCAAACAAUUUAUAACCAAAAAUAUUUGCACUGCCGUAUUAAGCCUAGAUUAGUCUUGAGAUUCUUUUGAAAACUCCUUUAAAAAAAAGAAAUAGCCUAUAAAUGAUGAGAAGACCUUCUGACUUGAUACUAAGUCCUAAUAUGUUUUGCUAUCUAUUUGCAGUUAAAUCAAUACAAGCUAAUGAAAAGCAAAAAUCAGAAUAGAAUAAAGCAGAUUUCUCUUUGUUCUCUUUAAAAGCUGAUAUAUAUCUUAUAUGUAAAAGGAUUUCAGUUCCUCAAGCAAUGGACUUGUUACCUGAUGAUUUAAUCCUUUUAGCUAGAAUACUUGUCUCAUCUUGA